CCUAGGAGGUCGUGUAGCCAAGCGCAACGGGAGGCGGGAUCGCUACAACCCCGCUUGCCAUGAGCUCUGGACAUCAGCGCAGGACACCCUUUAGCAUCGCAGACAUCCUAGGUCCGAGCAUGGUACCCGGAGCACCUUCUGCACCGCAGCUUCCCGAGGCCGGCCCUGAUCCCGCGUCACCACUGUGUGCGCUGGAGGAGCUAGCAAGUAAAACUUUCUUGGGCCAUUCCCCGCGAGCUCCACAGCCUUCUGAAGGCAGAGCAGCCCCGGAGGCGCUACCGCCGGGGUCUGGCGCUGGUGUCCGGAGACGCCGCAAGUCUCGUACAGCGUUCACUGCACAGCAGGUGCUGGAGCUGGAGCGGCGAUUCAUCUUCCAGAAGUACUUGGCACCGUCAGAGCGCGACGGACUGGCUGCGCGACUGGGCCUAGCUAAUGCGCAAGUGGUCACUUGGUUCCAGAACCGUCGCGCCAAGCUCAAGCGGGAUGUGGAGGAGAUGCGCGCGGACGUGGCCUCCCUAUGCGGGUUGUCCCCGGGAGUCCUGUGCUACCCAGCACUGCCAGACAGCACUUUAAGCCCUGACCCUGGCCCUUCAGGGCCCGAUUCUGAGCCCAAUUUAUCAGAUGAAGAGAUACAGGUGGACGAUUGAAAGUGAAGCUGCUGCCAGCCCUGGAUUCUAGGGCCCUGGACCCCUGCUAGAGGCCUUGUCUGGGUUCCCGGGUGGAGGGUAGACACCCAUUUAGCUCUGUUCUGUCCCUUACUCCACACUCCUACUUUUCUUACUCGUUAAAGAAUAAAGCUGCCACUCUGCUGCUGCAA